AUGGAACCAUCUAACCCCAAUCAUUACCACAUCCCAGGUUACACGAUAAGACUCGAUCUGCCCAUUGCCUCAGGAGCUUUUGGGGUUGUGUAUCGAGGCGAAUCUGUUACAUCAUCGACGGGAACAAUUUGUGCGGUGAAGGUUAUUCCCAAAACCUGUUUGGCAACAACUUUGGCCGUCCAUCGUGAAAUACUUCACCACUCCGCGGCUUCGCCCCAUCCGGACGUUCUUACUCUCAACAACAGUACCGAAACGGCAACCUGCGGAUUUCUUGUCCUACCUUAUAUACCCAACGGCACGCUUUCCGAUCAAAUUUAUCUUCAUCGGUACUUCAUCAGAUAUCCGGCACAAAUUGCGCCGAUCUUCUUCAAAAUUGUUUCUGCUGUCUCUUACUGCCAUAACCAUGGCAUUGCACAUCGCGACAUCAAACCGGCCAACAUUCUUUGCAGCCAUGAUGAUGUUUAUCUCGCCGACUUUGGUCUUCCAACCACUACACAACAAUCUGAUCAAUUUGGAUGCGGCACUUGGGCAUACAUGUCCCCUGAAUGUCUUGGAGGUUUCACAAGAUCAGUUGCACACUACGACACAUUUGCAAACAACGUCUGGUCUUUGGGGGUACUCCUCAUCAACCUCAUCCACGCAAACAAAUUUUGGUCGGAAGCCACCGGAAACAAUAGCGGGUUUUGUGAAUUUGUGUUGGGUGCUGGUAAUAUUUUGAGCACUCAAUCACCAGCUGAUCUCUUGUUAAUAAUGAAUAUGUGUACUGCAGAAGAAGAAAGGAUUCCUAUUGAUCAAGUUUUGAAUAGAUUGAUAUUAGUCUAA